AUCGAAAAUCUUUACGACGACCAGCAGGAAAUGUUUUGUGCAUUAUCAGGAGAAUCAAUAGAUGUAGGAGUUGUCUCGAAAAAGAGCGGAAAUGUGUAUGAAAAGAGGUUGAUUGAGGCGUAUAUUCAAGAAAAUGAGAAGGAUCCAGUGACGGGAGAGCCGUUGACUCUUGAUGAUUUAGUAGAAUUAAAAACAUCCAAGACUAUCCGUGGACGACCACCUCAGGCGACGUCUAUACCGUCGUUACUUGCUAUUUUCCAGAAUGAAUGGGAUUCUUUAGCUCUGGAAACAUAUAAUUUAAAGCAGCAACUGAAUCAGGCACGUCAAGAAUUAAGUACAGCACUUUAUCAGCAUGAUGCAGCAUGUCGAGUUAUUGCUCGACUUUUAAAAGAAAGGGAUGAAGCGAGAGAAGCUCUUAAAAAGGUCAGAAUUUCGUCGGAAUUUCCGAGGGAAUCUGUAACUAAUAAUGAGCAAAUGGACGUGGAUGCUCAAGUACUUCCUGAAUAUCUGAUUCAAAAGAUUGAUGAAACUCAAAAAACAUUGUCAUCGAAUAGAAGAAAAAGAAAAAUACCGGCAGAUUGGACAACUGUUAAACAAGUACAAGAAUUUAAAUUAUCAAAGAACAUACAUCCUUUCAAAUCUAAGAUCACUUCAAUUGCUAUUACUGAUCUUGGAAAUAUGAUUUUAGUUACUAGUAAAAAUACUCUAAAAAUAUAUAAUGUUACCGACGAAAAGCCUGCACAUUCUUUAAAAUGCGGCGAGGGAGAAAUAACUUGUGCAUUAUGGAUAGGAGAAUUACCUGCUGUUGCAAAGUCCGACGGAACUAUUCAUAUUUAUACAUCUUUGGAUGGUAAUGACAAAAAAAUUUCUACUCACGAAAGUAAAGUUAUUGCUUUGGCUUUACAUCCAUCAAACGAUCUUCUUGCCUCCGCAACUGUUGAUGGUGAAUGGGCAUUACAUGAUUUAAAAAGCGAUCAAACUGUUGCCAAGUAUCGUGAAAAUACGGAAUUCACCUGUGCAAAGUUUCAUCCUGAUGGUUAUUUAUUCGCCUCCGGUACUAUCGAUGGUUUAAUCAAAAUUUAUAACGUCAAAACCGGUAAAAACGUCGCCAAUUUCGAUUCACAGAAAGGUUCCAUCACUUCUCUUUCUUUUUCUGAAAACGGUUAUUGGCUUUCUGCUUCUUCUAUUCAUGAUUCUCGUGUACAUAUUUGGGACCUCAGAAAUAACACUCAAACUCAAUUUUUACAGGCUACCGAUUCUAUUCUUUCACUCAAUUGGGAUUAUACCGGCCAAUUCCUUGCUAUAGGCUCCCAAAAUACUAUUACUUUAUGGUCUUAUUCAAAAUCUACAAAAUCUUGGUCAUUACUUCAUGACUUUAAAAAUUCUGCUUCUCAUUUAUUAUGGGGUUCUCGUGCUGCUACAUUAUAUGUCGCUGAUAACACCACUCUUUCUAUUUUUUCUUUUUAAAUAAAAUAUAUCUUGUAUUUAACUAAAUAUAACUAGAAAUAUAAC